GGAGGAGGAGGAAGAGGAGGAGGAGGAGGAGGAGACCCUGGCUGUCAGUGUUAUUGCCCCCCCCCCACUCCCACCCCCAUCAAUUUGCACCAACAGGCACGUUUCUUGCCAGGAGCGAGGAGCACCGGGAAUACCGCACCGGUGUGUUCACAGUGAAGACGUCUCCAUUUUGGUGCCUCUGAUGAAAAACAGCCGCUGUGUGUCGAGCUGAAGAGUGGACGAGCCUCUAUUGUGGAUUUCGAGGGACAACAUGUCAAGUGUGCCAACAGCUGGAGAGGAAGACUCGACUAAAUUCGGUCCAUUCUCACCGUAGCUGACGUGUAGAAGGCUUCGUUUGUUGGGAAAGGGGAAUAAAACACGUACACCGCCUCGUCGUUUGGUGCUACACGACGUAAUCUACAUUGUAAAGCGGUGAGUUCUCGUGACUAUAGGAAGAUGCUCACUGUGCCGGCUGCUAGCUGAGUUGCUAACUCCAGGACGUAUAGGAAAUAAGACACGUCCGAUAAUGUGGCGUCUUUUGGGCUGAGUAAGGACAGUGUGGGCCAGUCGAGGACAACCGGUGGUCGUUAAAGCUCCGGUGAGCGCCUACUGUUGUUUGUGGUCUUUGGAUGCGCCGCCUUCCUUUGCCACCAGCCUCACGAGACAGCAAACCUCGGCGACAUGUCAUCCCAGAAGCUUGUUUGUUAAAUUUACCCACUCCCACGCCCCAAAUCUCGCGUGGAAAUUGGGGAGGGGGGAGAGCCCAUAAGAGAGGAGGUGAACAAAGAUUAAGCCCGAACAGGAGCCGCCUAUAUGAAGAUGCUGAUGUGUGACCGCGGCGUCCAGAUGCUCGUGACGACGGUGGGCGCGUUCGCCGCCUUCAGCCUUAUGACCAUCGCCGUGGGGACCGACUACUGGCUGUACUCGCGUGGGGUCUGCCGCGUGAAGAGCAGCGGCGACAACGACACGAGCCGCAAGAACGAGGAGGUGAUGACGCACUCCGGCCUCUGGCGGACCUGCUGUCUGGAAGGAACCUUCCGAGGUGUGUGUAAGAAGAUUGAUCACUUUCCAGAGGAUGCUGACUAUGAGGCUGAUGCUGCUGAAUACCUACUGCGUGCAGUGCGUGCCUCCAGUAUCUUCCCCAUCAUGAGUGUGGGUCUGCUGUUCUUGGGAGGACUCUGUGUAGCCGCCAGUGAGUUUUAUCGCAGCCGCCACAAUGUCAUCCUCAGCGCAGGAAUCUUCUUUGUCUCCGCAGGCCUCAGUAACAUCAUUGGAAUUAUUGUCUAUAUUUCGGCCAACUCAGGGGACCCGGGACAAAGUGACAGCAAGAAGUCCUACUCCUACGGCUGGUCGUUCUACUUUGGGGCGCUAUCGUUCAUAAUGGCAGAAAUGGUGGGUGUGCUGGCUGUGCACAUGUUCAUUGAGAAGCACCGAAAGCAGCGGGCUAAGUCCCGCACCGAGCUCAUCAAGAAGUCCGCCUUCAGCCGCAUCCCCUCCUAUCGUUACCGCUUCCGGCGCCGCUCCAGUGUCCGCUCGUCUGAGGUUCCCAGCCGUGAUGCCUCGCCACUGGGGAAAGUUGGCUACACAGGGCCCGGCGUCUCUGAGAUGCCGAUGUACACGCUGAACCCACGCGAGGCGGGCAACGCCGCCACCAAAUCCGGCCUAGUCGGGCUGCUCAACUCUGAGAGGGAUUUCCUCCAGAGUAGCACGCUCACUAAAGACUACACAAAGGACCCCAACCGCAGGACCACGCCUGUCUGACAGGUGUUCCCUGUAGAUAUUAACCAAUCACAGUAGCAAAGAGGAGGAGGCUGAGAGAGGGAGUGCUCACUGAAGCAGGCAGGGGACACACGGGGUUAAAGGGGAAUGGUGGGUACUGGGGCAUCCGAAAUACCUUGACUGUGAACUGUGAACUUUUAGCCUUUGAACUGUGAAUCCUGAGCCCAGUGAGCAUUUCAGUGUGUGUAGCACGAGCCGUUUGAAUGGAGAAAUUUUUUCCCAUCUCCAACCUCAUGUUUCUGUAGUUGGCACAUUCAUUCGUUCUGUUUAUGAUCAGCUUCUAUUCAUGAAUUGGCUUUUUGGCUUCUUUUAAAUGGGAUUUUUCCAUCUCGAGUGGUUUGCUAUUUUGGCAGAUUCUCCUAAAAGAUGAAUGAAACGUGAACCGGAGAAAGGGGGGAGGGUAGGACAACUGUCCUUCUUUGGUAGCAGAUCAGUCAGAUGAGUGCAGUAUUCUGUUUUCAGUUCAGCUGACUUAAAAAUAUCAAUGACGGAUGCAUUUGUCCGUGUAUAUGUACAGGUAUAUACUGUAUGCUCCUUUUGGAUUGCUUUAAUCAUGGACUAGCUUCUGUCAUGACAGACAGACUGUACUGAAGGUGACUUGAGUUCAUCCCUGGUGACAAACCUCCUUUUUUAGCUGACCGCUGGUCAGUUGUUUGUUUGUCGCGGGCGUCAUCACCUUUAGAUGGUCAUUUUUAGAUCAUUGGUGCUUCCUUAUACUUCUUUAUUUUCUCUAUUUAUUUCUUCACCAAAAGAAAGAUUUGUCUGUUCAUUUUUCACCCACCACUUUUGAUCUGUGUUGCUCACUUCACCUCUUCAUUCUCGCUACCUUUCACCCUCUCUUUUCCACACUCGUCUUCCAUCUGUGCCGCUGAUAGACUUGCUGCAUUGAGGAACCUGUGAAAGAGAGGAGACCACUUAGCUGUGAAUAUGGUUCUAGACAGAGCCAUAAAGACAUUAAACAGGGACGGAAAUGCUCGCCCACUACCUCCUGCUGAAUAUCGUUCAACAAUUUUGUCUAAAGUCUCUGUUGUGCAUUGGCGGAAAGAAUUGGUAUGUGGGACGCGAUGUAAAGCAGACCGGAGAGUAGUACCGUGCAUUAUUCAGAGGGUUUGUGCUCCAUCCAUUGAUGUGUCAGUCACAGCCUUCCCUUCUUCCUUAGGUCCCGUACAUGUGCAUUGACUGUAUGCACGUAUACAGUACAAACACACGUCUUCUAUCUGUGACCGCCACAAACGUGUGUUCAAACACAGAACACAUCACACCAAUACAUCUCCAUAUUUCUCCCUCGUAACACUUAAAUACUCACUCAAAUAUACUGCAUGUUGCUGUCAUGGGAUAAUAGAAAGACACCGACACAUCUGCAUUAUCAUUUCACUGUCAGCUCAGCUUUUCAAUUUAGCAGGAUCGGAGUUUGCCAAGCAUGAUUUGAUGUGCUUUAUAGCAGAAAAAUGCUGUAGACACAUAUGCUGUACAGUGGCCAUUUAUUUUGGUACACAUGAAGGCAUUCACAAGCAGGGACGGCGGUGGUCGACAAUUUCAAAACAAACACGCAAAAUAACUCAGUUUACAAUAUUGAAAAACAUUUAUCUGCGGUAUUUUCCCAUCCACUCACUGUAUGUGGUUUACACUGUAUGAAGCUUCAGUCUAUUGUGGCCUGCUGGGUUGUGUUUGUAAAAGGCUUAAACUGUAUGUUGAUCUGGUCCAAAGAAAGAUGCAAAUAUACAGCAUUUUAUACCACUAACACAUAUUGUCUGGUUCCGCGAGAUUUUUAUCAAAUCACCAGACAACACCUGAACACAUCCCGCAACAGGGAGGAGGGGGGCUGUGAAUGAGACCGCAAAAUUGCAGCAUCAGAGGUGUAACAGUAGAGUCAGGAUUUGUCUGCCUUUGCCUUUUACGCUGAACCCAGCGAAGUGGGAUAUUGGCGCAAUUGUGUGUCUUCACGCAGCGUCACAGUAACCCACAAUCAGAUAAUUACAUGUGUGACGCCGUCAGCGUCGGAUUUACGUAUAAAAUACUGUACUGCGCGCAGAGACAGUUGCUUUCAAAAUAACAGGACAGAGAUAUGACGGCAUUUCUACAUUCCCUUACACACAGGAGCCGCCUUGACUCUGUUAUGGCUUUGGCAUAAGGCAAGCUGUUUGAGCAUUUAUUCAGUAUCCUACUAGUGUGCUAAAUUGUCCAUGCUAUAGUACUCUCUUUGUCCCUAAUUGUCAAUUCAGCUUUUUAGUAGAAGACUUGGUCUUCCAAGUGAUGUUUUUUACACUACUGCCUUCCAUGACUCUUGACAUUUCUGCGCAAUAGUAAAAAGAGUAGGGCACGCUACUAGAACAACUACAUGUUACUAGUAAGGCAAAACUUUGUCCUAGCCAACAUAUGUGUGCUACUAGUGAUACUAGUUAUGUAAAAUUCUACUUGUUAACUUCUAGCAUUUCUCUAGUUGCACAAGUAGCACACAGAUGUCAACGCAUGCACAGUUUUGCCUCACUACAAAUGUAGUUGUUUUACUAGUGCACCCUAGUCAUUCUAGUGUGCUGAAAUGUCAUACAGCGGUGGAACAAACUUAUUCUACUAGUCCACCCUAGUUGUUCUACUAGUGCGCCUGAGUCAUUCACUGAGCAACGCGGCAGAAACCGACUGAACUGUCUUGUCACGCAGUGCGUGGGGUCUACCACUGGUUUUCUUGAGUGGCCAACAGUCGGCCACCGGUUUUGCUGUUAUUCAAAAUUUUAAUCGCCGGUGCAUGAUGUUGCCACAUCGCAAAUGUGAGAGCCAAUCAAUAAUGCGCUUUCACGCACACACACAAAAUAUGUUUCCAGGUUUUAAACGUGAGACCCAGCCAGCCACUGUGGCACUGCCAAGCCGUAUCAGAAUCAGAACCAUCUUUAUUUUGCCAAGUAUGUCCAAAAAACACACAAGGAAUUUGUCUCCGGUAGUUGAAGUACAGUACAGUAUAUACAAUAUGUAUUCUGUAUAUUCUGUUUUACAGUAAUAAUUAACUAUAAUUUGUUAUGUGCCCUUGGCUAGAAAGCAAAUCGUGGCAUCUCUGUCAUCGAAAUCCACAGGUGCAUCAGUGUAUUGGGAGCUCAAUCAUUGCCAACAGUCUCUCAAAAUAUCAACACUCUUAUUAUUCUUGCCCGUUUCCUGUUUUGUGGCCAUGCGUUUCUUACUUGACAAUCACGGCAUGUUUUUGUGGUUCAAUAAAAAAUAAUACCAUACAGAAUGUUUAAUGUGGAGCCUCAAAUGCCAAUACAGGGUUGCAGUUUUUCCAUUGCAGCUUGACAGUAGUUGUCCGGCACUUAAUCACUUGGUGACUGGCGAAAAGUCAGCAACUGUUGUUUUCUUGCAGUGGUCCACUCAGUGGCAUUUGGUCGCAUCACACUGUGUGCGACAGGCCUUAGUUGUUCAACUAAUGAACUGAAUUGUCUUACUAGUGAGGACAAAGAGCAUACUUGUACAUCGAAAAUUCAAUGUAUUAGUCGGAUACUGAAUAAAUGCUCAAAUCGCUUUCCGUUCUGACGCCAACUCUAAAGGCAGAUUAUUCCCGCAAUGCCUUUUUGCCCCAUUUCGUGUUAGUGCCGUUCAUACAGAAAAUCAAAAAAUGUUUGCGUCUGAAAGGGCGUACAUCCAUAAAAUUAACUGAAAUUGAUUUAGCAAGAAUGUGAGUAGCUUAUAGAAUGGCUACAAACUAAAAAUUCUAUGAGUAACGUGUGUGUGAAAUUCAUAUUUAUUUUUUUUCACUUCCUUAUAUACUUCCCUUGAUCAGUAUUGCACUGUUUUAUAAGAACAAAACAUAAAACAAGGCCAAGCAGUUUUGGGACAGCUAAUUACCUUGAUAUGGAAAGAUGUGCAACACUCCCCAUAGAGAGCAUUUUGGCAUGUCCUUGUGGCGGCUAUCCUUCACAUGUAAAUAUUAAUUUUACAACAUCAGCAGUUGUCAUGGACUGUGAAAGGGAAAAUGUGCUUUUCUCUUAAGCAAGGGCUUUUAAUUUUUAAAGAAGCGGAGCACACAAGGGCUUUCUAUGCUCGGCGUUGCACCAACAUUGUUCGAAGAGUGUUAAAUGGAUGGGAUAGAUGCGCGAACGCGGGAAGACAAGGAAAAGUACAUUUGCACGGGAACAAGCGUUUAUAAACCAGCUCGAAUAGCUAACGAGCAACAUGGUGUCUGAGUAGCGUUCCAGAAAAGAGGGCCACAUUCGCUACAACUGAGCCUUGACAAGAUGUUUUUCUCUAUAUUUAGAGUAGGCAACUUUUCAAAGUAGUUAGAGUCAAAGGAUUAAACCUUACGCACACGUAGGAUAGCAAUGUACCUGAUCAAAAUGUUGUUUAUCAUACCUGGUGCCAAAUAUUACUGAAAGUAGUUCCUCCAGUCGGCUUAUCAUUUAGACUUACCUGUGGUAGCAGUGUAGCUGGUCAUCAGGGCCCCCUCACAUCCGCGCAGGGGUCCGUCAAGGGUCAUUCAUGAGCCAUGUCAAAACUGACAACUCAAACAAUGCGUAUGCCACAUAUCCAUCUGUUUCCAGCGCUUCCAUUGCUCUACAGUGCACCUCAAAUUGCACCCUGAACGCCACACUGCUCCUUGUAAGACAGUUUACUGGGUGCCCCUUGAGGCCUGCCAUCUUACUUGUACUGUCACACAGCUUUGACUGGGUAUAAACAAAUAACUGUUAUUAAGUAAUGCUAUAUAUUCUAUUCUAAAGGUGCCACUGUGUGGAGGAUGACAACCUCUGUCACAUAUUUAUUAAUCUAUUGAUGGUUGGGGCACUGGGUGUGACUGAUGGGUCAGAUUUGGGGAUCUGGGGUGGUUGUCUGUGUAUAUUAAUCUACUUUGAUGUUCUCCUUUAAUGCUGAUUGAUUCACAUGUGCAGCCUCUGAUAGAGACUAACUGAUUUAAAAGUUGGAGAAAAGUCUCUCUUAAAAGUCUCUCUCACACUAUUAAAUUUGUUAGUCAGUGGGACGAUCAACACAAAACACACUUAACAACACUUAAAUGGGUUACUAUACUUUCGAGGACUUACUGAUCAUUUCUGUCCACCACAAAAUCUUAAUGAAAGUAGAUAUGAUCGAUAAUGUAAUUAACGCCAAUGCAAUAGUCUGUAAAGAUAUGCCUCAAAAUGACUAAAAAUAUCGUAUUUGCUCAUAUAGUGGCUGGAAGAGCUUAUUUACUCAACUGCAGAGAGUACUAGUUGUCCAUUAGUGGGAGGGUUUUAAUUUUGUAUUUUUCUAAUGAUUGUUUUUCAUGAUUAAAUAAUGUUACUCAACUAAAGUUAAAAAUCGCAAUAUAACGGCAGCACUUUCACUUUGAACUCCGCCAUAAACUUCAGCCUUACAGUUGCCAUAUCUAUCCUCCUUCUGGGUUCAUGUGUUGUCUUAAUUACGUCUACAUACAGUAGUUACAACAACUUAUUAGCGCCACCGAAGGGGAAAAAUAGCUCUUAUUUAAUAAAUGCACGAUUUAUACGCUGCACCAGUGAUGAAUCAUUAUAACCACGGAGGGGGCUAUUUUAGGAAAAUGCGGUAUUAACUAUCCUUUUUUUGUGUGUGUGUGUGUGUGUCAAAAAUGUUUACACUUCACAUACAACAUUGUACCACGUGGUUUUCCUCUAUUGUCCUCGUAAGUAUAGCAAUGCAAAUGUACGACACACAACUAACAUUGGUUAAUGGCCAAAAAACAACAUCAACCACACAAUCAGUAAUGAAAAAAAAACAGUGAAUUCAUGAGAUGAUUUUCUUUAGGGGACAAACAACUUUUAAAAAGUAACUUGAGCCAGUUAAUCAAACACAGUGGAGCAUUUUGUUCUCAGAUAUGGCAACAAAUAUGCUACGAACUCUAUCUACACUUUGCUAUUACAAACACACUCAAAUACUUGUGAGGAGGACUUAUGUGCCUGCAUGUUUGUGUAUAUGUGUGUGCGUGUGUUCAUAUCAACAAGUGUGUAUGUGUGUGUGCAGCUCGCCUCUCCUCACUUGUACACGGAGUGCCUGCCUUGUCCUGCCUUCAGACAGCUCCCAGAUCAGCCGAGAGGCUUUUCCAGUGUGACGUCCUACAGCUAAUUACGCGUAUAUUUCCUAGAAACAACAUUGAUAGGCAAUUCUGAUAUCUAGUGAGUACGUUGUUGAAUGUCUGAAUGUUGUGUUUAUGAUUGCUAAAUGUACUCCUCACAUGUACCCUGUCAUUGUGGUUGAUUCUGGACUGGCAGAGGGGUGUUUAUCAGGCUGGAAAACAAUGUGUGGUUACCCUAAUGACCGUUGGUCUUGAAUCGACACACGUGGUUGUAGACUGUUGUUUCUCAUUCUUUGUUAUCUUUCCCAAGAAUGAUUGUGUUUAUGUGUGUGUUUUUGUGUAUGUGUGUGGCUCAUGAGGUAGAGAAGCCAUCUGCUGGUUUGCUCCCCAUCCAGACUCUGAAGCCCUGAUUACUCCCAAUGACCACAAUUACGGUUGUAUAAAAGCAUUUUUAACACUUGUACUUCCAAUUCAGAUUAAAAUUCUGUUGUUAAUGUUGAAAGAUGCAGAGAUGCAAUCUCCAUGAAAAGAAUUCAUAGUGAAGCCAUUCCUAAACAGUCCUUUUUGUUGCCUUUCCGGUGUUAUUUCUUUCAUUUUAAAUGUAUUCUUUUGACAAGGGAGCAAUUACAAUGUGUUUUUAUGAUGGUUUUGCCUCAAGCCCUGUGCUCACUGUUGUUUACACGCAGAACAUUUCCGUGGCUCUUUACGCUUGACUGACCAAGGAUGAAAGACUCCAAAUUACAGGGUGUGUUACCAAGCUUCGACCAUCAGGUGCGUUCAAGUGGCAUCUUGGAUAAAUUGUUGACAUUGUAGCAAAUCACAUGUUGAUGGAUCCUCUGCCUCAACCAAGGUGUUUGCUUGAAAUAAUAGUCUGCCAAGAAUCAGAUCAGAUUUCUUCAAAUGUUUUUGAACAAUUCCUUCAGACUGUUAUCUAACAAAGCCAUCCCCUCAAAAGGCUACUUUGACUAUAAUGUAAUCCAGAAUGCAAUGACAGGCAGCGUAACCAAUAAAACUAUGUAUGGGGUGUGUGUGUGUGUGUGUGUGUGUGUGUGUGUAUGUAUAUAUAUACACACACAUACACACACACACACACACACACAUAUAUAUAUAUAUGAAUGAUUAUUAUUGUUACCUGGACUAACAUGCAAUUAUUUAAGGGGGCUGGUGUGCAUUAUUGUAUUUUUGUGGUGAGGUCAAAGUGUUAUGCUGAAGAACAAUUGUGCAGUGCAGAAGUGCUUCAAAAUGACAACAACAAAAAACUGAUGGAGCCUAAAGUGAAGCUGAUGCAGUGUGUGCUCUGAUGACUUGAAAUUCUGUUGGGGGGCAAACUGACGCUGCUGUAUACCUCUGAGCCCUAUCAUGAGCUAAACACACACAUACACACGCACACACACAUACAGUAUUUGUAUUUCAAUAUCCCAGGCAAACUGUAUUCCCCUCACAGUUUAACACACAGACAAACUUGUUCUCACCAGAAUUUAGUAGGAUUUUGUCCAAAAUGUACUCCGCCAACUUUUUGUUUGUAUUGAAAAAGAUUUUUCCUAAUGAAUUAUAUAAUAGCGUUUUAAUCAUUAUUGCGAAAAGAAAUAAUAAUAAUAUUGGCAAAAUAUGCUCGUCAUAUUUCCAAAUAUCUGUCCAAUUAGAACGUAAUAAAGCAUUUUUAUUUGAUUUCUUACUACAUUCUGUGGAGGACAGGUUGCACAGACACAUAGCUGUCAGCCCGAAUCUCUGUACACUUUAUAACGUAAACCUCCAACUAGCAGCCGUCUGACACGGACAAAUGCUGUGAAUAAAAGCACACUUUUACUUAUAUUAUAUGAUUACCUGUAUCUAGAGAGAGAACAUUAUAUACAGUAUGAUGAAAAUAAAAUAAAGAGACACCUUUUCAA